UAUGAUGAGAAAUCCAGUUCGCAUGGGAAUAUCAUACGUUCAGUUAACCACCUUAUCUGCGCCAUCUGCCGAGGCUCUUGAUACCCAUUAUUUGUCUGCCCUCAUAUGAUUAACUAUGCAAUGCUCACUGUUUCCAUUGCAAAUCACACCAUUGGUAUGGAGAUUUACUGGUUCACUGCUUUCUCAGCCAUGUCUAAGUGGUUCCAUUCCAAAUCCCGUUGUGAAGAUAUCAUCGUGCCCAGGUGUCCCACGACAUACUCAUUUCAGAGAUAUUAGAUUAUUAAAUGUUGGGCAAGGUACUUCUUGUAAGUUUGCUAAAACAGCUUGCACACUCUUUCAAAAGCCGAUGAUAGAACAGGGAGCAGCGGACUUUUCCACAUGUGCAUUUAGUACAUUUAGUUGUGCAUCAUUCUACCUGGUAACCAUACUCACAGCAUUUGCUUUCGUAUUUCCAUAUCUGUCUCAAUCUAUUGUUGAUACCCACACUUCUGACUAAACUUAAGGCUGUCGUUUCGGUUCCCAUCCAAACGCUAACUAACCACUGACAGUCGUAUUGGUUACUUAUAAUUCGACUUGCGAUUUUCUAAAACUAGAGCAAUCUGACUGUUCUUCUUUCAUUCAAUCCAAACUCAUGCACGUACGUUGUGCUAUGGUUCAUGACGGUUAGUAUUUCUUCAUCCAGUUUGUGGUAGUCCAUACACAAGUGUGAAC